UCAUCACUUGUUUUAGCAUACUAAGAGUUAUAUAAUAAGAAGUUGAAAAAAUGGCUUCCAAGGCAUUGAUUCUGUUGGGUCUCUUCGCAGUUCUUCUCGGCAGUCGGACAUGGUGAAGCCGGAGAGUGAAGAAACAGUUCAACCUGAAGGUUAUGGCGGUCACGGAGGAGGAGGCGGAGGACACUACGGAGGAGGAGGAGGCGGAGGACAUUACGGAGGAGGAGGAGGCCACGGACAUGGAGGAGGAGGCCACGGACUUGACGGAUACAACGGAGGACAUGGUGGACACGGAGGAGGAUACAACGGAGGAGGAGGUCACGGAGGAGGAGGAUACAGCGGAGGAGGAGGCCACGGAGGUGGAGGACACCACGGAGGAGGAGGCCACGGGCUUAACGAACCUGUUCAGACUAAGCCCGGUGUUUAAAACUCUAUAACACUAUAAUAUUUUCAUCACCAUGCAUGCAUGGUUCCACUGAUAUAUACACUUAUAUGUGUGUAUGACUAUAAAUAAACCAUGGUGAGUUUGUAAUGCAGUCCCUUCAGAAAUUUUGGAAUAAUGUUUCAUAAUAUUAAUUAGUUUCAUUUAUAAACCAUGGUGAGUUUGAGGGGAAAAAAAAAAAACCAUGGUGUGUCCUUUCACACACAAAAAAAAAAAUUCGUUUCUAGGUCAAA